AUGAAUGAGCAUAGACUGGGGUGGCAAUCCAGGCGAAAACUGUUACAACCAGACAACAAUGAUAGAAGAUCCCACAUACUGGGGAUCCGAUACUCGGAAAAGCAUAAUGCAGGUGAUUGGAGAAGAGUUCAGCAAAACAAAGGUGCCCAUUGCAUUUCUCAACAUCACACAGCUCUCAAGCUAUCGCAAGGAUGCCCACACAGCAAUCUACAAGAAACAGUGGAGUCCAUUGACCCCGAGCAGAUCGCGAACCCAGUCAGCUAUGCUGAUUGUGUGCAUUGGUGUUUGCCAGGGCUUCAGGAUACUUGGAAUGAGCUUUUAUUUGCCAAGCUUUUUUAUCCUUGA